AUGGGAAGGGCGAAGGUGAAGCUUGCAUGGAUCGAGAAGGCAGCCCCAAGGAAUGUAACAUACAAGAAAAGGAAGAACGGUCUCUUGAAGAAGGUGAAAGAUCUAAGCACACUGUGUGAUGUAAAAGCUUGUGGAAUUAUUUACCCUUGCGGUGGUACGGUACCGGAAGUCUGGUCAUCGACACCUAACCCGAUGGACGUUUUGGUGCCGUUCAUGCAAGAAUCUGAGCUAGAAAGAAGAAAGAAGAUGGUGAAUCAGUGCCUUGAGGGGAAAGAUAUUAGUGUGCUUGAUCUUGAAACAAUAUUUAGCUUGAGUUGGUUGGUGGAUAACAAGUUGAAUUUUGUGAAAGAGAAGGUGGUGAAGAAGAAGGCUAAAAUGGUUGCAAAUGGAGAAUGA